AUGGCUAACCAAACUCCGGCCGUUGUCAUGGACAACGGUACAGGUUACACAAAGCUCGGUUUCGCUGGCAAUGAUUCCCCAUCCUUCGUCUUCCCUACCGCCAUUGCUACCAAGGGCCCCACCGACAGCUCUGCUGGCCGCUCCGGCAGACCUGGUGGUAACAACUCUUCAAUGCUCUCAGGAAAGAGAGGCACAGAGGAUCUCGACUACUUCAUCGGUGACGAGGCUCUAGCCGCUUCCAGCGGUCCUGGUUACGGCCUUCACUACCCCAUCCGUCACGGUCAGAUUGAGAACUGGGAUCAAAUGGAACGUUUCUGGUCCAACUCGAUAUUUAAAUACCUUCGUGUCGAGCCCGAAGAUCACCACUUCCUCCUUACCGAACCUCCUCUCAACCCUCCCGAGAACCGUGAAGCCACUGCCGAAAUCAUGUUCGAAUCUUUCAACGUCGCUGGUCUUUACAUCGCUGUUCAGGCUGUGCUGGCUCUUGCCGCUUCUUGGACUUCAUCAAAGGUCCAGGACCGUUCCUUGACUGGUACCGUGAUCGAUUCAGGAGAGGGUGUCACUCACGUCAUUCCUGUCGCUGAGGGUUACGUUAUUGGUUCCUCGAUCAAGAGUGUUCCCAUCGCUGGUCGUGAUAUCACCUACUUCGUUCAGAGUCUCCUCCGUGACAGAGGCGAGCCCGACAGCUCUCUCAAGACUGCCGAAAAGAUCAAGGAGGAGUUCUGUUAUGUCUGUCCCGACAUCGUCAAGGAAUUUGCACGCUACGACCGUGAGCCAGAACGAUUCGGCAAGCACACAAUCAACUACCCGAACGGUCGUAGUGCUGUUGUGGAUGUUGGUUACGAGCGUUUCCUUGCUCCUGAAAUCUUCUUCAACCCCGAGAUCUACUCAUCCGACUUCCUCACACCUCUGCCCAACAUUGUCGACACUGUCAUUCAACAAUCACCAAUCGAUGUUAGAAGAGGUCUUUACAAGAACAUCGUGUUGUCUGGUGGUUCCACCCUGUACGAGAACUUUGGCCGCCGACUUCAGCGUGAUAUCAGACAUCUGGUUGAUGCUCGUAUCCAAGCUAGUGAAGCUCGCAGUGGUGGUGCCAAGUCUGGUGGUCUCGAUGUUCAGGUCAUUACUCACAAGCGACAACGUCAUGGUCCCUGGUUCGGUGGUAGCUUGUUGGGUCAGACACCCGAGUUCAGAAGUUACUGUCACACAAAGGCAGAAUACGACGAAUACGGUCCUUCAAUAGUGAGAAGAUUCGCUCUUCUGGGUGGCCCAGGCAGCACCUAG